AUGCGGGUGGCCAAGUGGCUGACGGGGCUGCUCUACCAGUUCUCGCUCUUCAUCACCAGGUCUUGGGAAGUUCACUUCCACCCGAGGCAAGAAGCCUUGGUGAGGACCCUGGCCUCCUACGAAGUGGUGACCCCCACGCGGGUCAAUGAGUUCGGAGAAGUGUUCCCGCAGAGCCGCCACUUCAGCCGGAAGAAACGCAGCUCGGGGACUGUGGGACCCACGCCGUUCAGGACCCACUACCGCAUCAGCGCCUAUGGGCAGCUCUUCCAGCUGAACCUGAGCGCCGACGCGGCCUUCCUGGGCGCGGGCUACACCGAGGUGCACUUGGGAGCCCCCGCGCGCGGGGCCCGGGAGCGCAGCGCGACGCCCCAAGACCUGAGCCACUGCUUCUACCGCGGCCAGGUCAACGCGCGGCAGGACCACACGGCCGUCUUCAGCCUAUGUGGAGGCCUGAUGGGAACAUUUAAAGCACAUGAUGGUGAAUAUUUCUUAGAACCCAUAAUGAAGGCAGAUGGGAGCGAACAUGAAGAUGAUCACAACAAGCCACAUCUUAUAUACAGACAGGAAUUAAAGAGGAACUCCUUUCAGCAAUCUUACAAGCCUUGUGAAGUUUCAGAAAGUCAAAUAAAGAAAACUACUUUACGCUUUCAUAACUACAGCAACAUGAAUGAAGAUCUUACUAUCAAGGAGGAAAUAGUUUCAGCAUACCCUUCAAAAAAUAUAUCACUGGAAGAUGAAAGAAGUCAGUUACAUUCCAGGAAAAAACGUUUUUUAUCAUAUCCAAGAUACGUGGAAGUUAUGGUUACAGCUGAUGCAAAAAUGGCUCAUCAUCAUGGACAGAAUUUGCAGCACUAUGUACUAACCCUGAUGUCAAUUGUUGCAGCAAUCUACAAGGAUUCAAGUAUUGGAAAUCUUAUAAACAUAGUUAUUGUAAAAUUAGUUAUAAUUCACAAUGAACAGGAAGGACCAGUCAUCACUUUUAAUGCCGCUACCACGUUACGCAACUUUUGUUUAUGGCAACAAACUGAGAAUGUUCUCGAUGAUGCUCACCCUUCCCACCAUGACACUGCUGUUCUGAUCACUAGGUACAACAUUUGUGGAGCUAGAGAGAAAUGUGACACAUUAGGGUUAGCAGAAUUAGGUACCCUGUGUGAUCCUUUACGGAGCUGCUCUAUUAGUGAAGAAAACGGACUCAGUGCUGCCUUUACUAUAGCGCAUGAGCUUGGGCAUGUAUUUAAUAUUCCACAUGAUGAUAGUUUUAAAUGUAAAGAAGCUGGAGUUAAACAUCAGUAUAAUGUAAUGGCCCCAAGUUUAAAUUACCACACGAAUCCUUGGACCUGGUCAAAAUGUAGUCAGAAAUACAUCACUGAGUUCCUCGAUACUGGUCAUGGGGAAUGUCUUCUUGACAAACCAAGUGGGAAAAUAUAUAAUCUGACCUUUGAACUUCCUGGAUUAAUCUAUGGUGUAAACAAGCAGUGUGAACUCAUGUUUGGUCCUGGAUCACAAGUGUGUCCGUAUUUGAAACAAUGCAGGCGUCUCUGGUGCACAAGCACAGAAGGAGUUCACAAGGGCUGUCGCACGCAGCACAUGCCACUGGCAGAUGGAACAAACUGUGGUCCUGGGAUGCAUUGCCACCAUGGGCUAUGUGUAAACAAAGAAAUGGAAACACGUCCUGUAGAUGGUGAAUGGGGACCCUGGGGACCUUACAGUUCUUGUUCAAGAACAUGUGGAGGUGGAAUCAAAAGCACAACCAGACUCUGUAAUCGUCCCGAGCCAAGAAACGGAGGCAAGUACUGUGUGGGCCGCAGGAUGAAAUUUCGAUCAUGUAAUACUGAUUCAUGUCCAAAAGGCAAGCAAGACUUUCGAGAGAAGCAGUGCUCUGAUUUUGAUGGUAAACAUUUCAACAUCAAUGGCCUUUCCCCUAAUGUGAGGUGGCUUCCAAAGUACAGUGGGAUUGCCAUAAAAGAUCGUUGUAAACUCUAUUGUCGGGUUGCUGGAACCACUAAGUUCUACCAGUUGAAGGACAGGGUUGAGGAUGGUACUCCUUGUGGAACUGAAACUAAUGACAUCUGUGUUCAAGGCCUGUGUCGGCAAGCUGGCUGUGAUCACGUGUUAAACUCCAAAGUCAGAAGAGACAAAUGUGGAGUGUGUGGUGGGGAUAACUCUACAUGCAAGACAUUGGCAGGUGUCUUCAAUAGUGCUCAUUAUGUGAUAUUUUAUUCUUUUACAGCAUUGUCUGACACUCAAGGGACUUUUCUUUUGAAUGGAAAUUUUGUUGUAAGUAUGUCAAAAAGAGAAAUCAACAUAAAAGGAGCUAUUUUUGAAUACAGUGGAUCAAACAACUCAGUUGAAAGAAUUAAUAGUACCAAUCGACUAGAAGAAGACAUUUUUUUGCAGGUGUUGUGUGUGGGUAAUUUAUACAACCCUGAUGUACAUUAUUCCUUCAAUGUCCCUGUGGAAGAAAGGAAUGACUUGUUCACAUGGGAUCCAUAUGGACCAUGGCAAGACUGUACCAGAAUGUGUCAAGGUCUUCAUAGAAGAAAAAUGACCUGCAUACGUAAGAGUGAUCAUAUGGUAGUAUCUGAUCAAAGAUGUGACCAUUUGCCACUUCCAUUGUUUGUGACUGAAAGGUGCAAUACAGACUGUGAACUAAGGUGGCAUAUCAUUGGCAAAAGUGAAUGUUCAUCACAUUGUGGUCAAGGAUAUAGGACCUUGGAUAUCCACUGUAUGAAGUAUUCCAUUCAUAAAGGACACACUGUUCCAGUAGACGACCACUACUGUGGUGACCAACUUAAACCUACUACCCGAGAACCAUGUCAUGGUGACUGUGUCUUAACAAGAUGGCAUUAUUCAGAGUGGUCCCAGUGUUCAAAGAGUUGUGGAGGAGGGGAAAAGUCUCGAGAAUCAUAUUGUAUAAAUAACUUUGGCCACCGUGUUGCUGACAGAGAAUGCCAAGAGCUUUCCCAAGUGACGAUAGAGAUCUGCAAUGAAUUUUCCUGUCCCACUUGGGCUACUAGUGAGUGGAGUGAG